CACAGAGACACAGAGACACAGAGACACACAGAGACACACAGAGAGACACAGGGAGACACAGAGAGAGAGACACACACUCAGAGACACACAGACAGAGACACACACUGACACACUCAGAGACAGACACGCCGGAGAAGAAGAACGACGUUAAAACACAGAAGCUGGACCGAGCCGAGCCGAGCCAUGGACAACAUUCAGAUUCGGAAGUAUCGUGAGGAGGACGCGGCGGCGGUGAAGGAGAUCUUCACGAUGGGGAUGAGCGAGCACGUGCCGGCGUCCUUCAUGCACCUGCUGAAGCAGCCGCCUGCUCAGAUGCUGCUCAUGUGCCUGUUCUGCGCCCUCAUCACCAGCUCCAAGUCCUUCCUGCUACCCGUCCUGGCCGUCACCCUGCUCCUGGCCGCUGCCCGGCAGUUUGUCGUCUACAUGUUCAACAGGUACAUCGACACCUCCCUGAAGAAGGACCUCAACCAGAUCGGUGAGACGUACCUGAAGGGGAAGGACUCGUGUUUCUGGGUGGCUGAGUGUGACGGCUGCGUGGUCGGCUCGGUGGCCUGCCUCCCCGCAGAGAGAGCGCCUGAGUGUUUGGAGUUGAAGCGCAUGUCGGUGCGGCGCAGUCACCGCGGGAUGGGCAUCGCUAAGGCUCUGUGCCGGACGGUGGCCAGCUUCACCCGUGACAGGGGCUACGCCGCCGUCGUCCUGUACACCUCGGUGGUGCAGACAGACGCUCAGAAGCUGUACGAACACAUGGGCUACCAGAAGACGAGAGAGUUUGUGGCUCCGGAGCUCGCUGCUAAGAUCCUGAACUUCACUUUGUUUGAGUACAGACUGGAUUUACACAGAGACUGAGACAGUCAGGACAGGUGACGGGUCAGGUGACGGGGUCAGGUGACGGGUCAGACACGUGUUCACACACUGGACAGACGUCUUGUUGUUUCUGUGUUUGUAGUCGUUGGUAUCAGACUUUAUGAUGAUUCAUUCAGGAGGAGGCUAGCGUACAGUUUGUGUCUUCCGUCUGUAGAACUCGAUCUGCUCCGUCUGUUAUUUGAUUACUUCAUGUCCACAUGAUGCUGAGAAUAAAUCCAGACAUCUGAAAA